AAAACUUUAUUAAUUUCUCAUGUACACAAUCAAAUAUUAGAUAAAAUGUAUAUUAUUUUAUUAUCGCAUCUUAUAUAUAUAUAUAUAUAAUUAUAUUAAUUAGUAAGUUGUUUAGCCAUGCGCGCUACAACAUGUACAUGCUAAAAAAUAAUCAGUAAUAGAUCGUAUAACAUAAAUUAUAUUGUAUAAUCUGCAAUUUAUCUGUAUAAAUAUCGAAAGCAUUUUCAUGGUUAUAUCAGUCAUGGAAAAUUCAAAGUCUAACAAGUGUCAAUUAUUCUUCGAAGUACUGAUCCUACUUCUAGGAACCGCGAAUGCCGUACACUAUCGUCUAGUUCCUGAAAAUGAAGAGAUAUAUACGGCAUGCCCAAAUCAACCAUCAAACGUGAAGCAUAUUACAGAAUUUUUUGAUGUUUCGGAACUACAGACAAAAGAUGUUGGGGAUAAGAUAUUAGUGUCUGGAAAUGUGACAUCUACUUGGAACUUCAACCCAACUGAUCAUAUUAUAGGUUCGGCAAAGAUGUAUCGUUAUGAUCGUCGAGAAUGGGAUAAUGCCUUUUACAGUAUCUCAUUUACCGACUUAUGCUCCGAAAUUUUUGAUGAACGAAAGCACUUGUACAAGUUUUGGAUGAAGCAUGUAGUCAACUUGCAGGACAUAAAGGCCAAAUGCGUUUUGCGUGGUGUAAAAUUUAUUCAUGAACCGUUUGCUCUAGAUAUGAACAUAGAUAUCGCAGCAAUUGUUCCCACAGGACGACAUAAGGUGGUACUUAUAUUAAAAACGAUUGAUAAAGAGGGACAAAUACGAGAACCUACCAUGUGCCUUGAAAUUAUAGGGGAGGUAAUCAAAGGGUAAAUUGUUGAAAAAUAUAAAAAAAAUCUGAUGUCUCUCCAAUAAAUUUAUGGCAAUAUUAAACUGAGUAUACAUU